UUGACAGGAAACUCAGGUUUACCUCUGAGAGGGUAGAAAAUGUUUUUAAAAUAACUGGUAUCAACUUUUCAAGCAACAGUGCCGUGUGCCUGAAAUGUUAUAGAAGUGUGGACAGAGUGUUAAAAUCUGAACAGAAAAACGAAAACAUAAAAGCAAACAUAUGUAGCAUGGCUAGUAAAAUUAAUGAAGCACAUCUGCUACAGCUACCUUCUCCCAGAAGAAAGUUUAUUACGAAACGGAUGCUACGAAGUCCAGUGGUAACGCAGUCAGCAAAGAAAGACAAGACAUUUAAUAUAGAAGCUGUGAAGUAUAUACCUGUCCAUAUAGCACCCUUUAAAGAAAUUACCAAUAUAGGUGAUGCUGAUAAAACAAAGACUGUACUGAGAUCACUAGAAUUUCAGGAUGUGAAAGUGAAUCCUCAGGCCAAUAAAGAUGAAAAUGAGCUGCCUCAACCUCUCACUGUCCCCAUUGCACCAAAGACAAAACAAGAUCUCCAUUGCAUACCCCAGUGGUACACGGAAAGAACUUGUAAGGAAUGAACAGGAAAAGAAAAUAUGCAGGGCUAUUGUACAGGAAAGGUCAUCUGGAAAAGCUGCCAAGUCCAUUAUAUCCAUCCUUAGAGAAACAAACAAGGAAGAUAUUGUAAAUGCUGCCUCUCUUAUAAUUGCAAAUGAAUCCAAGGGACUUUGCAGAAAAAACUCGGGAAGCAUUUUACAGAGAAAAGACAAUGAGAGUAUUCUGGAAUUUUCGUGGGAUAUGUUUCAUAAGGAGUUACAGUUAAGAGCUCCUAGCAUUCUUCAAGUGUUAACAUCAGCUGUAUGUGAUGUUCCCGUCAAAGUUGAAGGCAAGAAGUUUGCUCAUAUACUGCAUUCAGUGGCAUCUGUACUUCAUGGUCGUAGUGCUGAGAUGUCAUCUCUUCAUUACCAGAUAGCUUUCAUUUUGGCACAUGGAGGAUGCACUCAGAGGGACAUUGACAGAUUAGCAAAAUGUGGCAUUACAGUAACAAGCAAGUCAAUCCACAACAAGCUGGCCUCAUGGAAAGGUGACUUAGAUAAGUCCAUUCUCAAGCUGAAAGAGGACUGGGAGCAAGGCAGGGAGGGAUGCUUGAAAUAUCAAAUAGUUGGAGAUAAUUGGGACAAGAAAAUUUUGCCUUCAUUUAGGUAG